AUGGGUUGGUUGACGUUCAGUCACAAGCUCUGCUGUGCUUUGAACCCCCCAGAGAAACGAGACAGAGAGGAACAUAUUAUUCCGCUCCGGGACAAGUUGUUCCUUGGGGAGUGUAGGCUUCAUGUCGGUAUGGCCGGGCUCGGCUGUUUGUUACUUUCGUCCACCGCGUCUUGUAGCGCGAUCGAGACGAAGACGUAUGAUGUAAAUGCUGCUGUCGGAGCCAGGCUUAUGUAGGUAAACCGCAAAUGCCUGGGCGCGCAUGAAAGGGUGUGUGUAUGGGGGGAGGCAGUACAAGUCACCCUUUGUUUUCGGUUCCAGCUGUUGUUGUGGAAUCGCUCUGACAGAAUUGAACCGCCCUCUUGGUGGGAGUAAUUACGGUGAGAAUUAGGGGCUGGUUUUCAGCGUAGAGCAGCUCGGCUGUUGUCACUAAGACAGAGCUUAGCUGAUGGGUCGGCGUGAUGUACAAAUUAUAGACUCGCGGGUUGUGGUUCAUAGAUUUAAGUACUACUGGAGUUGAAUCGUGCAAGUCCAAGUGGCGGCGUUGCGAAACCUAGCGUUGCCUACGGUUCUCGCGUGCUGCAGCUGCGUUGCUUGGCUCGGCGCCGAUCCACUAGCGGUAGAUUAGAUGUAAAUAUUCAUAGCGGUAUAAGGUAAGGGCAAUGGACACUUCUCCCUCCCCCCUGGUGAACAAAGAAAUGUCGCGUUCGUUUGGUAGGCGGCCUGGUUUAUGUACGCACGACUCGUGCGGUGGAAGUAACCGUAAAGUGUUGGCACCACCCGUUUUUUUUGUACGCUCUCGGCGAUGCGAUGGAACAAACGCUUAAGGUCACCGGUUUUCCGUCGUACCGGCGAAGACGCGGUGCCAGCGUUGUUGAAGGAAAGCCCGCGAGAACAUUUUGCCUCGUGGUGAAGACCAUUCGUCAUGCCCAAGUGGCUCGUAGUUUCGUACGAAGAGGUUGGCAACGUGCGGAGGAAUAUUUGGACAUCAAAAGGGAUCCCCGAGAGCGCCGGUGGUACGUAGAUAUAAAUACCUUGUUGGUGGUGGGUUCGGAGUGUGUGUGUGUGAUGAGGUGGUCGUU